ACUUGAUAUCAAAUGAAUUUUACUUUUUCGAGUGGGUGAACAACUUUUUAAAUGUUGUAAAGUGAUUUCACCCUUUUCUAAGCGUACAAAAUGACAACUCCCUUCUGAAAAGUGAAAGCCUGUUAUGGUUACCAGUUAUUUUAUCCUAAGACCGUAUCUUCAUUCCGCAGUUUAUUGUAUUUACUUGCACAGCGUUAGAUCUUUAUCAAAAAUUGUGCUUUUUAAAAAUUCCUUAGGUCUUGCAGUUAAGAUUUUUCUCAUUUUCAGUCCUUGCAUGUAGAAGCUCUUUGGAAUCUUCCAACAUGAUUGUUUUUCUUCUGUUAAUGACCCUAGGCUUGUUUAUCUGAAGGAUCUUGAGCCAAAUCCUGGGCUUUUUCAUGAAAAAUAUUGUUAUUAUUGUUGUUAUUAUAGAUAAGUAAAGACACUACCCCCUUCUUAAAUGCUUUCCUUUGAACAUCCAGGUUUUGUGUCAUCAACUUAAUUUUGCAUUUAAGGUGCAUCUUGUCCUUACUUUUUUUUAUGUUUUCUAUAAACUGCAGAUACGUAAUUUUGCCACUCGCAUUAAAUACUAAUUAAGACAUAAAACAACAAACUCUUAUCUUUGAAAUUUUAAUUUUAUAGGAAACAAGAUUUUGUUGUUUUUUUGUUGUAGAUGAAACUUACGAACGCUCUUACAAUCAAGUAAUGCCAUGUUGAAGUAUUUUUCAAGGUUGUGCAAUUAACACGAGCCUCAUGCUCGCACAAAUGAGAACCGAAAUAUAGUUCCGAGUAAAUUUAAUCAUAUUCUUAGCAAUAUUACCGUAGUUAUUGAAUUGCUGAAAAUAUCAGGCAAAAAUGCAUAGAAAUUACUCCGCAUUCUUUGAGUUUGCAUAGCAUCUCAUUUAACAACCCUUUACAAUGAUAUUCGUAGUUAUGAAGUAAAAUGUCUUGUUUUUUCGUUGACUUCUGCUCUGACUGUUCCAAAACUUGAAAGCCUUAUAAACUGUAAAUUAGAGAAAUGGCAGCAUUAAGCUGUUGCGAGGAACAAGGUAGAAGAUUAAUUCAUCAGCCAAGGAAGUUGAAAAUAUUCAAACCAAGGAGGUUGAGAAUCUGUAUCAGCUCGUAGCCUUCCGUUAAUACAUUUGAAUUAUCAUGGAGAUAAAGGUGAAAAUUUGUAUCUGUUUCAAAGAAAACCUUUAUGACUUUGCCGUAGUCAAACAUUUUUAGAAGAGUAACGGAGUGGUGAGAUUGCGAGUUGAUGUGAUGAGAUAAUCAGUAGACAUAUGUAUUCCCAGAAUGACUUGACUUGCAGCAAGCCAUUUCGUCAGAAAUUCCCUAUCGGUGCUUUGGAGAAUAUACUUUGGAGAUAUAUAUUGCAAAGCAAUGCAAUUCUGCAUUGCGCUGUGCAAUCAUUUAGCUACGUCAUUAGCUUUGCACAUGCGCAUAUAACACUUCCUUGCCUCGGCCUAAAUUAAUACAUGCGGAGGAAUCCAGCAACGUGAUGAUGGAAUGACAAGUUUGCAGACUGAUAAAAGCAAGCAUGCAUGCAUUUGGAAGACAGUCCAAAGAGACAAAGCUUGAUGCUGUUUUGUCAAAAAUAACGGGGGGAACUAAUUAUGUGCCAAGUUUUUCCAAUGAGCUGACUGGAAAACAGCCAAGAGACACUAAGAGUCAUCCAGACAGUCUAGUUAUGGUUGAAGAUGUUGCUAAAGCUGAACAGAAAGAUGCAUAUGUGCGACCUACAAGGUUGAUUCCAAGAACUGGGCUUGAGAGAUGCUUAAUCAAACCAAGCUACCAUUUUCAUGAAUGGAAAACUGUUGUUGUGCCUCGUAAUAGCUCAGGUUUUCUUGGAGAUUGGGAACAGUUGCAGCCAAAUUCUCGUCAAGAUGAAUUUAUUCGAGUCCAGAUGAACAAAAGCGAGCUUCAAUUGAUUGAACCCCGUGACAGCAUUAUGCAGGACACAUCGAAUGCAAAUGAUAGCAAUACUUUAGAGGCUCGAAGAACGCUGAUAGAUGCUUAUCUUUAUCAAAAUAAUGACCAGGCAGCAUCUGAAAUGGAAUUUUCAUCGUACGGCUUUCCGCUAAAAGACACCGUUGUUGUCGUUCACCAAUCAGAGUCAGCAUGUAUCAUGUGUGAAGUUUGCAGAAGGACAUUUGAGACGAAAAAGGCUUUGAAACGUCACCGCAAAGACAUUCAUAAAGGGAACACUAUCCAAUUUCCCAAUAGCAAGGACUCGGGUGCAGAAGCUAAGCUGCCAGUUAAUAGCCUUAAGCCAAAGACAUUAUCAAUUUCAGAAAAAAAGAUGAAGAAGAUAGAGAAAAAUGUUGAAAUUGGUACUAAAGUGAAACCAAACAGUGAAAAAGUAAAGAAGGAAGGUGUGGCUACAAAACAGGAUAAAAACACGUUGGCAAAUGCGAACACUCAAACAAAAAAAGGACAAAAGUCUGAGAAACUGAAAGAGAAAGGCACAGUGAAAGAGAAGCAGAAACUAAAAGAAGGAUCAGAAGGAAAAGCUCAAGUUAAUAAAAAGAGCUUACCUAAGGACAAAACAAUGCCUGGAAUAAAGAACUCUAAAAUGGUUUCAAAGAAAGGUUUCAAAGAGGAUCUGCUUUUGAAAGAAAAUGACAAGAAGAAGGUAUCAAUUACCUCGAAAGAGUUGAAAAAGAAGGGGGCAAUGAAAGAAAUAAAAAAGAAAAUGAGAACUGAGACUGAGAAUGAGAAACCAUCUGGAGACAAGUCAGGGAAUAUUGCAAAUGACAGGAAAAGGAAGAUUUUUGAUGCGGACCCACAUUCUCAGUCAGCCAAGAAGCAUUUAAAGAAAGACAGUGCAUCUUUAACAAUGGCAGCUAAGUCAAAAGAGAAAGAGCUGGUGCUUCCUUUUCAAUGUAAAGAAUGUGGGGAAGGCUUUAAAAGUGCACUGAGCUUGGAGAAACAUGUGCCAAUACAUAGUAUCUUGAAGUAUCAUUGCUAUCGAUGCAAUGAAGUAUUCAUGAACCUGAGGUCAUUGACCAAACAUCUUUUAGUGCAUGAAAAUGAACCGCCAGUGGAUGAUCACAUGCACCGAUGCAGGGUUUGUUCACAGGGUUUUAAAACCAGCCGACAGUUGCGAGGGCAUCUUUUAGAGCACGAAAAGAUUGGAAAUCAAGAGGAACAACUGCCUAGAGCAAAGCAUAAGUCACAUGAUCAUCAGAGUGAAGGGGCAAACUUGUCCUCGGAGAAAACUGCAAAUGAGAACGUAAGCUCUGCUAAGCACAAGCAAAGCAAAUCAGGCUGUGACACACAUCAAAGCGAAUAUAAAAGUUAUUCUGCUUUUAAAGAUUACGUUGUGGAAAAACUUGUAAAUUCAGCGGAUAACUUUAUUCAGUGCUACAAGUGUGGGGAGGUUUUGGUAAGCAAAAAUGACCUUACUCGCCAUUUAGUGAAAUCUCAUAAAAUGAGUAGAAAAAGAGCCUACACUGCUGUGCGGCGAAAGGAAAGAAUAAGGAAACAUGAAAGAAUGGAUUUGUCUACAAAUAAUUUUGGGACGCAAAGUUCAGUUACUGAAAGAGUAGAGAAGAAAAGUAGCAAGAACAUUGUUGGAGCAACUAAAAGCCAUGAUGAAAAUUCGAUUUCAGAAGAACAUGUUGCAUUACAAAGCAGUUUAGGGGGUAAAGGAAAUAAACCAGAACAAGCAGCUAAACCAGAUUUCCCAGGCGAGGAGGUUUAUUCUGGGGGGAGCAUUCAAUAUGAAAAUGUAGAUUUAGAUCUUCAUGAAGAUUCAGAUGCCCAAAUUCCUGUCAGUGACGAAAGUUGCGUUUUAGAGGAACAGGAAUCUGCUCAGAUUUUACAAGCGUUAUUUAUCAAGGUUGAUGGCGAAUCAGAACCACAGGAAACUGAAAGUUCCUCAAAUGUAACAUCUGAUUGGCAGACCAAAUCAACUGUAGUUUCGAACUGUGUUGAAGCAGAGUCGAAACGUUCUGCUAGAAAAGGGACAGGUGAAGUCAGUAGGAAAAAAGAUGUUAAUUCAAGCACGCAGAAUCCAUUUGAGGGUAUGAACUCUGAUUCUCAUGAGAACAGCAAUGUUGUAUCCAUCAAGAGUUUUGAAAAUAAAGAUCGGGACAUGAGCUUAGCUUUCAAUGGCAGCAGCUUGAAAGAAAAUCAAGUGACAGAGCCUUUAGUUGAUACGUCAAAAAUUGGACUUGAAGACGAAGAUGAUGAGGUCAUCGAUUGGUUUUGGAAGAAUGACGAAAACGAAAACUUAUCAGGAAGCACUCUUAUUGGGGUAGCAGCUAGUAAAGGCGUAGAGAUGCACAGGAAUUCCAGAAAUGAGGAAGUGAGAGAAGAUGCUGGUAGAGGUGUUGUUGUAGUAAAUGGUUUGCCCAGCAAAGUGGAGGGUUGUAUUAUUGAUUUUGUCAAUUGCAGAGAGGUUGAUAAAGUUCAAGAUAAUCAUGUAGAGGAGAGAAUGUCUGUACAGUCGGGUUUAAAUGCCUUGGUAUCAAAGGAAACGGAUAUUUCGGAAAUGGUGAAUGGAGAAACAGUAUGCGAAAAGGAAAUAUUUGUAGAUGUAAAGGGAGGCUUAUGGCAGCAGAACCAAGUGAAAAAUGUUGAUAUUGAGGAAAUUCAUUGUGAGAAUACAUUGAAUAGAUGCUGUGACCCAGUACAGAGCGAGGAGCCACUUAUUAAAUCUCCAGAACUGUCGAAAGUGCAAAGCCCUUCUGCUGGAAUGGCAGAAAACCUUGAAUGCCAUCAUUUUGCUGGCGAAAAUGAGAAAGCAGAGCGUAGGGGUCGGACUAGAAAGCGGAAAGGGUCAAAAAUAAAGGAAAGAAACAAAAAAGUUGUUGUUGAUAAACAGGACCAUGUUACUGAUGCACCUUUAAAUGGAGUGUCAAUGACCGGAGAUGUAUCUCUUACUUCAAAUGAAAAAGAAGAUUCUUCAAUGGAUCGUAGAUUAGGCUUGACUUUGCAAUCUGAAGUAGCCAAUGUCGGGAGUUGCCAUGGGGAGAUCGUAGUGAAGAGUCAGGUGCCAUUUGCAGGAAGUGAGCAAGUGACUUGUCCUCUUUCUUCCCUCAUUUACGUUCGUAGGCGUGCUGCAGUAAUCGGGGAGGAGAGAAUGCAUAAUUCAAAGAAAAGUAAGGCUGCUUGUGAUGCAGUCAGACAGACUUAUGUUUCGAAGUUAGAAUUCGAGCAGACACCAGGGGAGCCAGGCGUAAAUAGAUGUGAUUUAAAUCAGAGAGACAACGUUGAGGUAGACGUGAAAAGACAAAAAAGAAAUCAGAAGGUGAAUUUUACUAGAGUCAAGAACAAAAGGCAGGUUUUGAAGUGUUCAAAUUCUAUUGAUACUGAGAAAGGUGGCUUAGGCCUUGUAAAUAAUCAUUUACCAAGCACUUUACCACUUUUCAAAUGCAGCCAUUGUGAUGACUCACAUUUUGUACAGAAAGGUAUCACGAACUCUGUAUGCACAUUCUGUUCUUCAAUUCCGAGAAAAAACCCAGAAAAGCAGACAAAACGAACGAAAAAAGUUAGAAGUACGACAUACAAACAUACAAAUAAGCUUUGUCUUGAUGACAGUGCUUUGAACAAUGCGGAAACAGAACUGAAUACGUCUGAUGAAUUUGAAAUCAAUUUAGAGACUGGGGAAAAGAAAUUCAGAUGCGAAUCUUGUGGGAAAGCAUUCAAUACAUCAUACUUCCUACGUCUGCAUAAGAGGCGACAUGAAAAGGAAGACAUGGUUAAGAAUGGGCUUGCAGUAUAUACAUGUAACGUUUGUGAUCAAGUUAUGACGUCUAAGCAAUCACAUGCCAAGCAUAUAAAGCUGCACAGGACUGGAACUCUGAGCAAAAAGCCGACUGGAAAGGGGAAAUUUAGAAAAGGCAAGUUGAAUCAGUCAAUUUUACACAAAAAGGAUCAAGAAAAGACCCAUUCAAAGCCGACCUCAAACUCAAAUAAAAAGUGAGUGCAUUGAAACCGAAUAGAAUGCAUUGUGAAUACAAGAUCUGUAAAUAGAAGAACAUUUUGCUGUUAUUUUCAAUAGGUUUGGACAUGAGUUAGCUUUUGUAUAUAAAAACCUAAAGUGCCUUGGGAAAUGAGGGGCAACCAAUGCUUCUUGCAGAUUCAGUUCUGUUUCAAUUAAAGUUCUUGUUUGGGUUUUGUUAAUAACAUUGUCACAGGACACAUUGAUUUUUUAUUUAUACUGAAGUAAUAUAUGAAUAUAUGAAUGGCACGUGUUUUCA